CUCAGGUUCACGGACCCCACACAGCUUGCUAUAGCCCGCCGCUGGCCUUCGCUGGCUCCAAUGCUCGUGGGACUUAAGCUUGAACUCUCAGGAUGGAUUUGAUCUAGGUUUCCAUUACGAUUGUAGCGAAUAGUGCUGCCGCGCGCCUCGAUCAAGGUUCAAUAUUAACAUACUUACAAAACCCUACCUAUUACCUGCGGUACUUUGCAUCCUUUCUACCCCGUCCCCAUUAUGACCCCCACCCUCAUAGAACAUAUUCCUACCCCGCCUUCCGCGCAGUUUGAUCCCAGCGUACUUCUCGAGCAGUCCAAAUCCCUUAUUCAGUCUAAAGUAGCAAUACAACCAUGGGUCACACAACUUACGCACCUUGCCUCGCAAUACCACCUUAGCGAAUACAACCGUAUAAAGUAUGGCCACCGAGGCUGUCCCAUUCCAUAUGCACCACUAUUACUGCACGCGCCGGACACCUUUCAUGAUAUGCGCAUACGGCAGGUAGCAAAUACGAGUGGUGUACUGUGGUGGCCAUGUCCAGAGGCGUCCUGCCCCAUGGCACAAGUCAUACCCGCUUCCGAACAGCGCGAUGCACUCCUUACCGGAAAUGCUUGUCCUUGCCUCUACCCGCUUCUCGAGAAAGAGCUCAACGCAGCGCUCCAGGAUACUCUUUCUUCACAAAUCUCACCCCCAGAAGACUUCUCGCAUCACAGCGUGCCCGUCAAAACGUCUACAACCCAUCCGUUAAACAUAUCCACCAUCUUGCCUCCGGAACUAUUACCUGCAAUGUCAUCACAUCUUAUAAUCAAUCCCGAGCCCUCACCUGUCAUCUUCUAUAUACCGGAUUUCUAUACCCUGCAUCGCAUCACAGAUUAUGCCCAGCACAUCCCAUCAACAACGAGCCCUACCUCUCUAACAGUCUCACGUAAGGCUCACUCGCGUCGGUCAACUCGAAUUCCGCUAUUAUCCUCGAUACCCGCGCAUUCUUCUUCACCAGAAUCUAUUCCUCGUACCCCUCCCCUUCCGGUACCCCCAGCAUUUAUGAACCAGCCACCGCAGUCCAUAAUUGAGGCUCUUCAGGCUGCCAUUGACACGCGCUUAACAACACUUGCUACCAAAACUCGACCUUCGCUUCCAUCAAUAGCGAAGCUUCCUUCUCCUACUCUUCAACACAGUACCAAAGUUCGCAUGGUAUCCGAUGAUUUCGCGAGCAACAGGUCUUCUUCCGCACAAAGAGGGACUUCGGCUCUUCCGAAGGUUGGCUUUCCUUCUAUGCUCGAUUUCCUUAAUUCCAGCGAACGUGAACAAUUAGCAUUUUCGGUUGCAUCGCAGAAUCCCACCAAGUUGAGAGCGUCCAGCGCAUCACUCCGUCCAACAUCAAACAUUCAUGGUACCAAGCGCUGUUUCAAGCUGGGUAACUUGAUGUUGUCCUCGUGUCCAGGAAAGAAGGUGCGCCUCGCAGGUCCGGUCAGGGGACGUAGCGCCGUUUGUCGAGAUCUCGACACUGAUUUACGACGUAUAAGCCAAGCUGGAGCACGCUGUAUUGUCUGUUGCCUCGAUGACGAAGAGCUUGAGUUUCUUGGAAUUUGCUGGUCAGACUAUGUGAGCUCUGCGCACCGGGCAGGAAUGGACAUCCUUCGGAUACCACUACCUGAAGGUCUUGCUCCGCUAUCGCCACAGUCAUUAGACGAGUCCCUGACAAAACUCAUCGACCGUUACACCAUGCGUGGCGCGAGUAUCCUUGUGCAUUGUCGUGGGGGUUUGGGUAGGGCAGGCCUCGUAGCGUGCUGUUGGGCGCUAAAAAUCGGCUUGUGCGGAUGGAUCAACAUGGACCUAUCACCGAACCCAGCAGAAGGCGCCGAUGGCCUAGAAAAUUAUGUGAGGAGGGACACCUUACAACUCGUCGAGCGCGCGAUCGCUGUUGUACGGAGACGGCGAAGCGUCAAGGCCAUCGAGACGCUGGAACAGGUGCGGUUUUUGACUGAGUAUGUGGACUUUUUGCGGGAUGGACAGACGUGAUUUAUGGCUUGUUUAUUCAUUUUAUUUGGGUCGAUGGCGUGUGGUUUUGAUUUGUGGUUAUAACCUUUAUUAAUAUUGUUGUUGUUUUCGUGUGUGGGGUUAGUAGGAAGUUGUGUUUUGAGGCUCUCCAGACAUUAUUAUAUUACAGAGUUGCAAUGAGGACACUGCGUAAUUUGAAUUCUUAUUUCCGCUACUUAUGAGUCAAUUUGAUUUCACAAACUCGCCACGCGGUCUACUUCAAAGCAAGAGACGCGUCCGAUCACC